AUGGCCGGUCUACUCAAUUCUCGCGACCUCCAACAGUGUCUGCAAAGCUAUCGUGCCUUCGAUGAAGCUAGACAGUCCGAAUUGGAGAACUUGGCUCAAAUGUGUCUCAGACUCCAUACCGAACGCGUUACUCUACAAAGUGACCUGGAUGAUGAACGCGAUAUCCGGAGAACAUGGAAGAGGCGCGCCGAGGACGCCGAAGCGGUCAUCCAGCGCAAGUUCGUUGUCGUGCUAGUUGAUGGAAAUGGAUACAUUUUCCAGAAACCCUUCUUCCAGGCUCUUGCCACCUCGGGCGGUUCCAGAGCUGCCAAUUAUCUGUAUGCUGAAGUCAUCAACAACCUAAAAGCAUCUGACGGUCCGCCGGCCAUCCCCCCGGACUGUGAUGUCCUGGUGAAUGUUUAUGCCACCAGGGCUGUCCUCGCCCCAACUCUAGCAGCGGCCGGAUAUCUUAGCCACCCCUCUCAGAUCGAUACAUUCUUCGGUUCCUUCUCUCAGAGCCACAGUCUCUUCCAGUUCAUCGAUUGCGGCCCAGGCGAAAAGAGAGUGGAUGCUAAACUACGAGGUAUAGUCGAUCCGGCCCCCCGCCUCCUUGUUCCCCCUCUGCUCACCAUGUCAUUAGAUACGUUCCGCUUCUAUGCUUAUAAUGCACAGUGUCAACGCAUCUUCCUGGCUUGUAGUCACGAGGACGGUUACAUUGCCGAGCUGGACAAAUACCGCCACGAUGAAAUGGUGAUGCCCAAGGUCAUAUUAAUUCAUGCCGCACAGACCGACACCACCGCUCGAGCCUAUGCCGGCCUCCCAUUUAAAUUCACUCGAUUCGAUACUGUGUUCGAAACCGCACCACUGGAUAUGACAUGCAAGGUUGAGCCAGUGUACACUCCGCCAGUGUAUGAUGGGACCACACGAGGAUCGUCACCAAUGGACUAUCAUGCCGGAAAGGACUUUACACCGGCUGCCAUUAUGUCAAAUUGUUCAUCCCAUUCAGGUCCACCGGAAAUGGUCCCAUUAGUGCCAGGGACCUCGAACACAAACACUCCACCGAGACCCAACUCGCCCACACCGCCGGCAAAAGCAGCCAAGCCAAAGCCAGCUGUUGCAGGACCGCUUCCUGCAGUCAAUGGUACUAGCGAAGCCAAAACCGGAAUAGCGAUCAAUCGCCACGGACAAAGAAUUGAUUUGAAGAUACGGGAGCCAACCGGUGCUGAAUUGGACAAAUUCGAGAGACGCAUCAGUCAUCGCAAGCUCUGUAAUGAGCAUCACCUUCGAGACAAUUGCGAAUCAUACAAUUGCAAGUACGAUCACGACCCGAUCGAUGCUGUGAUGAAGAAUACGCUGCGAUACAAGGCAAGAAGUAUUCCAUGUACGCAGGGAUGGAAAUGUCGUCGUCAGGAUUGUUUCUAUGGUCAUCAAUGCCCCUGGGGAAACAGCAAAUGCGGUAAUCCGAAAUGUGCCUUCAUCAAGACAGGACUGCAUGACAUAAAGGAUUUGGAGAUUGCCAGAUUUGUGCCAGCUCAACCGGUGACUUGA